AUGUGGUUUUAUGCAGCAUUGAUAAGUACUUCGUUGGCUGGUGUCAUGAGACCCACAAUAUACUCUCUCGGUUACCUAGUGGGUGCGUCUAUUUUUAUUUGGGAAGGUACCCAUAUCUUCUUGAGGCCCCCAGAAAUGAUUUUGAGAAGAUGGAAUAUGCUAAUUGGCUACAACGUAGUCGUUAUGCUAAUACGUACAGUUAAUCAGAUAUUUGGCUGUAUUCUUAUACAUGAAAUUGUGAGCGACUGUAUGAUAUUCAAGAUUUUUAGUAUUGGAUGCGUUGAUAAAUUCGGCUUGACAGCUGGUGUACCAAAUAUCAGUGAAAACACGGCUUGUCGUGCAUUAUAUGCAUCAUUAGGAUUGGCUUACGAUUGCAUAUGCUUCUUUUUCCUUAUUUUUCAACAAAGGAUUUUUAAAACUUAUCAUUUUUUUCAUAUGGUCAACGAUAUAAAGGCUCAAACCAUCUUGAGCAACAGAGGAGCUGAAUUGAUAGUGGAACAAAAACGUAAAAAACGUCAAGCAAUAGAUUUACAAGAUAAAACAAUAAGGGAAAAUAUUGAAAAAAAAUUGGCAAAAGUUAGAGCCACUCAUCAACGUGUACACGGCAAUGCUUAUGCUAGGAAAAAAACGAAUCAAUCAUACAUAUUGAAAUCGAGCGACUAUUAUAUGUUCGAUGAUGCUAUAUUAAACAAUGAUAUUCCUCUUAGACCUGAAACUAAACAAAACGUUUCAAAAUCUGAUCCUUAUGAUCCUAUGCCUUUAACAGAAUACUUAAAAUUGUUUCAUGAUACGGACGUUGCCACUGUCUUAGAGAAGCGAGAUUUGAGACGGCGUAAAAGAAAACUAAUGCAACAGGGCAAAAAUCCUAGAGCUGUUAAGACAAGUCCUGGUCCAAGCACUAGUAACAUCAGAAAAGAUUCACGCAAGACAAGAAAAUUCUUGAAUAUAUUCCUUUUCAUUUGGGGUAUUUUUGAAAGCCUCAUCGUCAGCACUACUUUAUUCUUCAACGAACGAUCUAAAGAUUUUCGCGAAAUACUAAAUGAAAUAAACGCAGAGAAAAAAAUCUUAAAGGAGCACAGCAAGUAUGCGCGAGGAGUCCGUCUUGGAACAAAUAAAGUCUGGAGUCCGGUCCAGGACUAUAGAGAUCUGAUUUUGGCUAGGAGAGAUGAUAAGGUGGAGGAGCAACAUGACUAUCAAGACAGCAUUUAUUUCAAUUUUAUUAGUGCUACGUGGCUUUUAAUAUUGAGCCACACCGAAUUGCUAUCGUACUGUAUCAUAAUUUUCAAUCAGUAUAAAAGAGCAAAUUUCAUAUCGUUGCCGAUGGUCAUAUUGGUAUUUUGUUGGGGGACUCUGACAGUACCCAAACCCACGAAGACAUUUUGGGUGUCUACUAUUUCGUACGUUUUGAUUAUGCUCUUCAUUAAAAAUUUCUUUGUUAUGGAUAUUAUACCAUGGGAAACAAACACUCAUAUGUCAAAUCUAUUUUUUCCACCUCUUAUUAUUGGGCUCAAUCGAUACGCAAGUCUCCAUAUAAAUAUAUUCAUUUUGGUGCUUCUGUUUCUUCACAGAAAAGUUCUUCAAACGUUGGGUUUAUGGAAACCUUAUGACUAUCGCAUAGCUACUCUUGUUGAUAACGGCGAAUAUACUUUGGGAGAUCAGAAGCUCGUACCAUUACCUGUCAAAGAUACUACAACCAAAAAUCCUUUCGUACUUGAAACCGUUGAAGCUUCAUUUGGAGACUAUUUCCCUAAUUCAAUUGUGCCUGGGUUUGCAAAAUAUGCAGAGCGAUUGAGAUUAUUCGCGCAACAAUUAAUUGUUCCAUCUUUCACACAAAUACCUGUGGACGUUUACACUCCUAUGUUUUUGUGCGAUUUAAUCAAUUUGCUGAUAAUCAUUUUUUUCUAUGGAAGUUUUUAUAAAGCAGAAUCAGACGAAGGCUUUAUAAACUUUAUCCAGAACAACGAUGUUCCGAUAUCAUUUUUAGUAGUUGUGCUUCUUUAUUUUCUCGCAAUGGUGAUUGACAGGGCGAUAUACCUGAAAAAAAGCCGUCUCAACAAAAUUUUCUAUCACUUUUUCCAAGUUAUUGCCGUUCAUAUUUAUUUUUUCAUUUUAUAUCCUAUAAUUACAGAAAGAAUUUUUAUAAAAACGCCUGUAGUUCAAGCAUUCUACAUAUUCAAGUGCUUCUACUUUCUACUCUCGACAUAUCAAAUCAAAAAUGGAUAUCCAGCUUUGAUUAGCGGUCAUUAUUUGUGGCAUGGUACAGGAACCUUGCGCAGAUUUAGCUACAAAAUAUACAAUUGCAUCCCUUACUUUUUCGUUAUGCGAACAUUAUUAGAUUGGAUUUGCACUGACAGCUGUUUGGGUGUUGGCGAUUGGUUCACAAUGGAAGAUAUUUCACAAAACAUUUACGAAAAUAUGUGUUGUACACAAACUUUGGAAGUGCCAGACAGCAAACAGCAUACGCGAUCCCGAAAAUAUCUUUUGGGAGGUUUUCUUUAUGUUCUACUUGUUUUCACAUUGAUAUUUCCUUUUAUGUUAUUCUCACUUGGUAGUACUGUGGGCGUGGCCACUCAUCCUACCAAAUUCAAAAUUGAAGUUUAUAUGGGCAGUGCUGAACCGCUUUUCCAAUCGCAUACUUCGGAGAAAACAGUUCAAAGACCAACGGCAACCUUCGGUGCUUACCGUUGGUAUGGGAGUGAGUUAGAAGAUAUAAGGGGAACACAUUCACAAUUAAACAUGGUUUUGGUGACGUCUUAUACAGACGAUCAUGCCAGUUCAAUGCAAGCACAGAUCAGUAAAUGGGUCAAUAUUAUAUCUAAUGAUGAGAAAUACUGCAAGUACUACGACCGCAGACAAGGCAGAUUACAGCAUGAAACUCAGGAACAGAUUGUCAAUAUUCUAGUUUCCUUGACGUCGGCCCAUGGGAAUAACAACCAUGCAAGCAUAAGAAUGAAUCUGGAUAAACAAGACCAAGAACAAGAAGAGACUGUCUUGAGAGAGUCUUGGUCUUGGCCAUGA